AUGUUAGGUGAGGAGUACAUAGGAACGUGGAUGACAUCCUUUUGGCGCUAUUUGUUGUCGCUUUUCUACCGAAAAGAGCUAAAUAUUGUAGUUGUGGGGCUACAAAACUCAGGCAAAACGUCUUUGACGCGUGCACUUGUUUCCAAGCCGUUUGAACGCGAUACUAUCCCGACCCUUGGCGUGCAAACAGAACGCGUCACGCUGGGGCUCAACACAGUGCACGUAUUUGAUCUGGCGGGCCAAACACGGUUCCACCACUUGUGGCAUCGCUAUUUAUCCCGCGCAGACCUUGUUAUUUACGUUCUAGACCUCUCAGACCUGAGCAGUUGGUCGCAGACCAAAUGCAAACUUCAGGAAGUGAUAUGCGAUACUAACCACGACAGCAUUCCCAUGCUGAUUGUGGGAAACAAGAUCGAUCUACUGUCCCAACUGGAGGCCAAUUCCACAGCUUCUGGCCGUCGUCUGUCCAAGAAGACCGCCCCCGACCAAAACACUCUGGAUAAUUGGAAGUUUUUGGCUCCUCUUUUGCGAAACUACGAGUUUGAUGAUAUACCGACCUACCAGCUAGAUGAGACUAAUCUUUACGUUCUCCGCAACGUUGAAAUUCUGUCUAAAGAGCUGGGUUUGGAUCUCAAGAACGGCAUUCUUCACUUGCCAAACUCGCAAAUCUAUCUCGACCGUGAUCUGGCCGUUUUUACCAUAAGUUGCAAGAACGGAGACUACAUUCAAGACGUUGUUGACUGGAUUGUCCAAUUGUGA